UUGGGCGGCGAAGGGGCGACAAAGUCAGCCGGCAGAUGCGACAGGGACUGGCCCGCCAGUAGUUCAGGCCACGACGGCAUCUCUAGAAGCAGGUCUAGCAGUUGUUGUAUCUAAUGUCUGUGCUUGUCGAAAUUGUCGAAUCGCGCUGUGCACAAGAUCUAAUCAGCCGACGCGACGUCAACGACCAAGUACAGUCGAAGUACUAGUCUUGCAGUAUGGAAGGCAUGAUGGGAAUGCCAUCAGGGGGCAUGCAAGUCGAAGUGGACGAGACGGAGGAUACAGAGUGGAAUGAUAUCCUACGGCAACACAAAAUCAUCCCAGAAAAGCCAAAAGACCCAGAUGAAGGCCGUGAUGAGAUUCUUGCCGAGGCGCGGCAGCUGCAACAUGAUUCUCGCCUGGAUGACCUGGAACUGGAUGAGCUGGAUGAGCUCGAGGAUGACGAGGACGAUGCCAUCAUCAUGGAAUACAAGGCACGGAGGAUGAAGGAGAUGCAAGAAACAGCCUCCCGCAAGGUCUUUGGCAGCCUCAUUCCUAUCACGAAAGGUGAGUACACGCGCGAAGUGACUGAAGCAUCCCAGAAGCACUGGGUAUUUGUCUUUCUGUACAAAGACUAUCUGACGGCGUCCAAGAAGCUGCGGCCGGUGUUGGAGGAGUUUAGUGCGCGGCAUGCCUCCAUCAAGGUGUGUGCUAUCGUCUCAGACCAAGCGAUGGAGAACUAUCCAGACCAAGCAGUUCCUACCAUCUUGGUCUACCACGACGGAGAUAUGAAGGAGCAGUUUGUAGGCCUUAAACCGACAACGACGCUUGCGGAUCUCGAGCGCCUUACAAUGGGCCUUGGCGCUCUGACAGACGACGACGUGCGCCGAGCACGCAAGCGAGCGGGACAGCUGACCACUGAGCGCGCAAGAGAGGAGGAAGUGGAUGAUUGGAGCGACUGAUGAACAUUACGACGGCAUGUCCAUAUAAUUAGCUUUGACUCAAGAUGUUUACGGUGUUGUGC